UCUUGACCCCCAGCUCUCGUCCAUUCAUCUACAUGGCUCUAACCAUCGCCGGCGGAACGGGCGGCGCUCGGAAUCUCCACGGUGGCAUCAGCGCUGGAAGCUCCCGCCGGCCGGUCCUCUUCCCACCAUCGUCAUGGAACCCUCCUUUCUGGUCUCUCCAUUUCAAGACACGAAACGCGAACAUGGUCGCAGAAGCAGCCAAGAAGUUGUCCUACAGAACAGGGAAGUUCGACAGCAAGAACAGAAGGAACUCGAGAGUGACGACCAAGGAAGAGGAUAAAGACAAAGAGAAAGAACAAGAACAAGAACGACCACAACAAAAGGCGGUUCAGAUUGAAACCAACUCGAGUCGCGGCGGUGGAGAGAGCGUCGCCGGGGCUGAUGGGUAUUUCGUGCCGGAGCUUCCUGGUCUGGAGCCGGACUUCUGGGAGGGGCCUCAGUGGGAUGCUCUUGGCUUUGUCGUGCAGUAUAUGUGGGCUUUCGGCAUCGUUUUCGCGUUAAUUGCAUGUGGAAUUGCUGUUGCCACAUACAAUGAAGGUGCCACAGAUUUUAAGGAGACUCCUGCAUACAAGGAAUCAGUUCAAUCAAGAGAUCUUUUGGAAGAACCUGAAGGGUCUACCUCAGACGUUUUUGAGUCUAACCCAACUGAGGAGGCACCUAGUUUGGAAUAGCUAUUUAGUAGUUUUAUCCAAACAACUCGUUCAGUCAAAGGAACAUUUCAGCUAUGGCUGUUACCCUCAGUUUGUAGGGUAGUGGUAAGUUCUGUAACUAUUUCACUUUUGUGUUUUACUGUUAUAUGAGAUACGAAUAUUGGUAUAACAGCGAGUGUGAGAACAAGCAGUAAAUUUGAUAACUCAUUUCUGAAGAAGGAAAAUAUGCAUUUGGAUUUA